AUGGUCAACUUUCUUCCGAACGCGACGCACGCCGCGCUGACCAGAUCGAGAAGCGACAAGAAGAGGUUCACCAACAAUAACAACAACGAAAUCGCUCAUUUGUAAGUGCACGUUUUAUGAUUCUUGGGUCACUUUCUCCUCGAACAUUAAUGAAUUCUCAUGUCUGACUAUGAGAAUGUACUUUUUGAGUGCAACUUGAGCAGCAUUAUCAAAACGAGACUGACGAUUACGGUCACGUCAUGCCAACUCAUGAUGACUACGUGCUUCUUCUAGACACGGUGGUUCUGAUUCUGGUCAGUUCUGCAGCCAUCUCUUCCUUUUUCCGCCUCACUGACGCUUCGGUCUCAGCGCAAAUCAAAGUUCACGAGCGUCGUCCGCUUCCCACACAAUUCGGGCGGUGUCAGGCAGUUUCACACCCACCGCGCACACCUUUUUGCUCUCCUCGAACCGUGCUCUUUGGCGUUUCUUUUCUUGUCGCCUUUCGCAGUCACUUGUCUAUAAUUGAAUUCCCUUCGACAGCUGAAAUGUGUGCUCUGAAACUGAUCGGAUGGCCAUCAGCUGAUUCCACGUGCCGCCCGUUUCCUCUCGGUUUUCGCCGCAAAUCCGCGACGAAAGAAGCCUUUCGAAUCCAAUUUCCGAUUGUUUGUAAUCCCUCACACUUCCAUUUUUUCGCCAUCGAAAUCACAAUUUUUUGACUGGGCUAGUUUGAAUAAUAAAAAUAUGUUCCUAAUUAGUUACCGCCACUCGCUCCUCACCUUUUUUCUUCUGAUGUGAGAAGUUGAUAUUAGAUGAAUCAUGAUAAUGUAUACGUGGUAAAUGCUGUGAGUAACCACCUCGAACAAUCCAAUCGAGAUCGAAAAAGGGAAAAAGUCUAGUCUGGCGCCGUUUAAUUCCUGGUAUGGCGGCAGUUAAGCGGAAAACGGGGACCAAUGAGAAAUGUUAAUUUUCUUUUUUUGGAAGGAUUUACCAAUAACACUUUCAUUGUGCAAAAGCCUGAAAGUGUCAAGGAUCGAGCUUUCGUUCCGUAAUCCCUUUUUUGAAAUGAUCACUUGCUCAGUGCCACUUCAUCAAUCAUUGCAUUCCAAUCCAUAACAUGUCACAAUCACAAUCACAAACGAAACCAAGCUCCAAAAUCAUCUGUUCCACCGUUCUGACUCGUAUUUCUCCAGAAUUCGAUUACCUACUCCUCCCCCGACUUCCUUAUUUUCCCACUCGGUUCCGCUCGGCUUUCCCGACUCUCGCCAACUUUUUCCAUUCCUAAUCACACCUUUCGCAGGUGAUUGCCGCCUUUCUCUAAUUACACAUUUGUACCUCUGUACCCUAUUUUAUAUCAAGUGUCCAACUUACUUUUUCAUUUUCAGGUUUGAGAACAAGCUGGCGGCUCAGGACAAGUCCGUUCUCAAUCAGACGUUCACUUUGGACACGAACAAAGCGGAACGGUGUCGCGAGUUUUGCAUCGAAGGUCGGUGAAUCCGACUAGUCUCCAGUUUGUUUGACUCAUCACACUUUCAGAUGCUAUAAAUGGAUUCUUGCCGCGGGCGAGAAGCAGCGGACCGAGAAGUGCGAAUCGAAAUGACGAGAACGUGAGAAGGUAAUGAGCAGACGAACCGAUUGAGCUGGGAUCCCCAAGGGAUCCGGCUCUCAUUGACUCUUUUUGGAGUUUGAUGGAAAAGAUCUAUAGAUAAAAUUAAGGCGGUGGGAAAGUUUUGCAUAUGCUGAAGGUUCUCACACCCCUGAAACAUCACAAACCGAUCUUGUUAUGUUUAGUCAUUACAACAUCAGUACCAAUGCAGAAUAUUUUCACCUGUUUCUGUCCUUUGUGACCUGAUGUGCAAACUUUUCAACCGAAACGGCAUGUUUGAACCCGAGUCCAAAUAUUGUUUUCAUCUGCCUAGUUUCAGCCUUUAACAUCAAAGCCCUCGUCAUUCUAGAACCUUUCUCUCUCCGUUUCCUCUUUUCGCACACUCUCUCAUCCCUAUCAUUUCGAAAACCCAUAAUCUGGCGAGCCCAAAACACUGAAGUCCCGCCCCGUUUUGGAUGAAGCUCGCGCGUGAGUGAGUGUGCUCUCAUCCAUUCCGUUCGCACCUUCGCAUCAUAGUCUCUGUAUUUGACUCAAAGUCGGCAUGCAAAAGUCAUCGAAAAGUCAUCCGAAAUUGUGAGUAAUUGAGCUUCGCUCUUUCCGUGAGAUCCCCGUGGGAGUCGGCGGAGGUGGGGCGUCGUGGUAAUUGACGGGUGACGGCACGCAGCUAGAAAUCGCAUUUGGAUGGCCAGGUGCACUCGCGCCUCGCCGCACCUCACCUAUUUUUUUGCUCGACUUGACUGAGAAAAUGAAAAAGGCGUCGAGCAGCGGGCACCUUCUGCUUCCUUCCCUCCCAGAUCGGGCCACAAGUCCCCUGCCCCUCAACAGGUCCCUUUCCCUCCAACUCCCGGACUCGUCUAACUGUCUCUCUCGUUUCCAGGGUCCGUUCGGAGACCGCCUCUCUCUUCUCUUCCACCUGCAAACUGCCUCUUCUGGACGGAAGCGUGGCCAGCGACAAGAAGACAUGCACCGUCCGUCCGUGGAGUCGUACUCAGGACGAACUGCGCAAAUUCAAAGAGACCCUGAAGGCGACGACCGUCUCUUCGUCGGCCACUCCAUCCAACUGA